AUGGACGAUCACAUAUUUGAUUACCUCCUGGACGAGUGUCGAGAUGUGAGUGAAGCGACCAGCUAUGUGGAGAUCUUGAAUUAUUCGGACCCGAAAUGGAACACUUGCGAGCAGCACGCAUUGACACUCGAUGAAUUCGAGAAUUUCUUGCAUCGAAGGGGGGCCUUCGCGCCUCCCGAAGGGUUGCCAACUGGUGUGAGACUGCUCAACGGCUUAAGGCUGAUAGUACAAGUCAACGCCAAGCAUCCAGACACCUUCGCACCCAAAGUUAUAUCCCUCCCCAAGGAGUCCUACUCGAGCAUGGUCAACGCCAUGAAGCUGCCGCAAAAGGGCAUUGAGACGAGUGCUGUUGUUGGGCCAUUCUUCUGGAGCUCACUAGACCACGACGAUGACGACCCCCAUCUUCACGUUGUCCACCGCAAGUCUGAUGUACGAAAGAAGGGAAAGACGCGCGGAUGGGAGCUUCUCCUCUCCCACUCAUUCAAGACAUCCGUGACCUGCGGCUUCAUGAAAGGCACACCAACAUCAGACGUGCACCUCGCGCUAAGACACAUCAGCUCAACUCCCUCCGAGACGGGCCACCCUCUUCUCCUGUCCCUCUUCUUUCUGUCUCACGACCUGAAUCCCGCCAACGACCAGAAGCAGCGUGAUGCGAGAGACUGGUUGAGAAGACUAGAGAAUGCGGUGAGCAUGAGAGACGAGGUCGACGCCAGCGAGACCUACUUCAAGGAAGAUGGCUUCGUGGAGAUUGACGGUCUGAGCAGGGACUUGGUAGAAUGCCAUGGACACGUCAUGUGGAAAAGACCACAGGCUUACGCAGCACUAUGUGGAGAGAUCAAGAAGGCGCUGGGACUGUUCGAAACAGAAUACAGAAGAAACCUUGGUGAUGCUCCAGGAAAGCGAAUUCUGAAGACACACCGGCAGUUUCUUUCGAGGGUCGAUUUCUACCUGGCGAAACUCAAGGGCCUGGAGAACUACAUCUGGACAACUUUGGAGAGGCUCAAGGUUCAACGAGAAGGGCGAGAGGCGAGACUCAACCUCGAGAUCGCAGGUGAGCAGAGGAGGAUUGCUCACGCGAGCAAGCGGGACAGUACGGCCAUGAAGACACUCUCGCUGCUAGGCGCCCUCUUCCUGCCAGGAACCUAUCUUGCCUCGGUGUUCGGCAUGUCGUUUUUCAAUUUCGAAGCUGAUGCCACUCCCGUCUCGGUUGAUCUAUGGAUUUAUUUCGCCGUCACAGUACCAGUUACGGCUCUUAUUGUUGUGACAUGGAUCUGGUUCGAUAGAAAGCGAGAGGCACAGCACAAGAAGGAUGAUGCAGACUUGGAACGGAAUAUCGACCAGAUGGAGAAGGACAUUAUGCGUAAUUUACGCAAGAGGACCAUGAGUAAAGCGCACACUUGGAACACGGUCACCUCGCCGCCCAAGGCAGGAUGA